AUGGAGGUGAAGGUGAUGGUGAAAGAGGUGGUGUUGGUUGUAGUGGUGGUGGUGGUGGGGAUGAGGGUUGAGGAGGUGGUGGAGGUUGAGGAGGAGUUGGUUGUGGCGAUGGUGGCAUGGUGGUGGUGGUGGCGGUGGCAACGUGGUGGUGGUGUUGGUAGUGGAGGUGGAGGGGGAGGUGGUGGGGGUUGUGGUGGUGGUAGCGGAGAGGGAGGAUAUGGUGGUGGUAGUGAUGGUGGUGGUAGUGGUGGUGGUGGCGACAGUAGCUGUGGAGGUGAUGAAGGUGGUGGUGGAGGUGGAUGUGGAGGUAAAGGUGGUGUCAUUUUAAAAAAUUAA